AUGAAAAAUGAUAUUGUGAUACUUAACAUAAACAAUUUCGAUAAACGAUUUACGCCAAGAGAUGGUUAUUAUUAUAUAAUUGGGAUCGGUAAAAAUUAUCAACGGUUUGACAGUACUGUCAAUCAAGUUCUUCUUGAAUUGAAAUUCAAACCAUUUACAGAUAUGAAAAACACCUCAAUUGAUCUCUAUAUGUUUAAACGUAACCCCAGAUCAAUCUCAAACACUAAGAAAGAAAUCUAUCAAUGUAGAACGAGAUCAUAUAUUGACUACUAUUCCUUGAAAUUAAGAGAAAUAAAAUGUUCUACUCUUCGAGAAACGUAUGCCGAUUGGGAUAAUAUCAAUAUAACAUACCCUCGAUCUAAAUCGUUUUUGCAAAUUUCAAUUGAGUACUAUCCUAGUACACCUAUUAUACCAACCAUAAGAAAAGUACCAAUUAAUUCUCAAUUCGACAAAAAAAUCAAUACUAUGAAAGAGGACAAGGAUAUUGUAAUUGGACCAUUGAUAAUGCAGAAAUAUCAUGGGAAACGAAAAGAUUAUAAUGUAGAAUAUUCUCACACGAAAAAUAUAAAACAAGUAGGGAAACUAUUAAAAAAUAUUUUCAAAGAUCAUUCUUUUAACAAUAAUGGUAUUCCAGACUAUGAGGAAGAUAUAUUCCUUGAUAUAGAUAACCCGGCAACAAGUAUUGAGAGUCAAUCGAUAUAUUCAAACAGUAUGGAUCAAGAUACAUUGGGCCAUUCCUUGGACACAGAAAAUGAAUUGACAUUAAAUAUUGCAAAGAAUAAUACCUAUCAGCAUAAUACUAUAAUACACUCAUUUACAUUUGAAUCAAAAGAUGGUGAUAAACCGGUAAGUGAUAUUUUACCUCUCGAGGUGAGUGUUCCAAUAUUUUUAAAUAAUUUCUCAAAUAGAUUACAAUACAAUGAAUGUAUCGAUUGGACAAAUAUAUUUGAACCAAUGAAUGUCAGAGUUACUGGAUACUUGGGGAAUGGUAAAUGGGAAAAUAAAGAGUUAGCAGGGUCAUUACUUACUUGGUACUUACAACCACACGUUCAAUCAUUAGUACCGCCAAAAUUACCGCCAAAAUUAUGCCCCAAAAAUAUAUUAUGGGAGGAAUAUUAUUUAAUUGAUAAGCAAGAGUUAAUAACCCAAUAUUCCAACUUAUAA